AAUAUUGUCAAAACACAAAACAUUUAAGGAUUAUUUAUUAUAAGAUUUUCUUAUAAUUAUAUUUACUACUUAAUAAAUCUUAUAGUAAGUAAAAGAUGGGUUUGUUUGGUAAAUCUCCUGAGCGAAAUCCAAAAGAGAUGGUGAACGAAUGGUCCCAUAAGAUACGUAAAGAGGGUUAUAAUUUGGAUAGACAAAUAAGAGCGAUUCAAAGGGAAGAGGAAAAAAUUAAGAAAUCGCUGAAGGAUGCUGCUGCGAAAAACGACAAACAAGUGUGUACAAUAUUAGCCAAGGAGAUCGUAAGAUCAAGGAGGGCAAUUAGUAAAAUUUACACAAGCAAAGCACAUUUGAAUUCAGUGCAAAUGCAAAUGAAAAAUCAAUUAGCAACACUAAGAGUCGCGGGAUCACUACAAAAGUCAACUGAGGUGAUGCAAGCUAUGCAGGCCUUAAUUCGAUUGCCAGAAAUAGCGCACACCAUGCAAGAGUUGAGCAAAGAGAUGAUGAAGGCUGGUAUCAUUGAGGAAAUGCUAGAUGAGACCAUGUCUAGCAUGGAGGAUGAAGAGGAAAUGGAGGAAGCAGCACAGAGUGAAGUUGAUAAGGUGCUUUGGGAGCUAACUCAAGGCCAACUCGGAGAGGCUCCAGCUCCUCCAACGGCAGUCGGCGCUCCCUCUACAAGCAAGGAACCAGAGGUGACCGAACCUGAUGAAAGUGAAUUGGACGAAAUGCAAUCAAGACUACAGGCCUUAAGAUCUUAAAAAUAGCUUUAAAAGAAAUACGAUGAGUUGCCGCAACUUCUCUUCGAAUAUAAAUAAAAUGCCUUUUACUAAUUUUAUAAAUGUUGCGAUUGUCUUCACUAUAUGUUUAAUGUUAUCGUAGAGUAUACAUAUAUUUAUAUUAAGUUUUAUUAAGAUAUAAUGAUAAAAUAUUCUGAUGUGUAUUUAUUAAAUUAUAUAAAAUAAAUUAGACCUUUAAAGUACAAGUCAUUACUUAAACUUCAAUCAUAACUAUAUGAACAAGAUAUCGUACGUCACCCCACUUUGUACUCAAUCAUUAAUAUUUGCGCUUCAUAUGUUUUUUUUAAAUCAUUAUUUGAUAUGAUUCGUGCUACCUGUUGUACACUGCUGAUAAUAAGUGGGGAAACCUUACUUGUGCUAACAUUUUAUAUACAUCUGCCGAACAAUUAAGAUUGUAAUACUGCCUGCCAACAAAAACAUACAGGAACAUCAUAAUAACAACACGUCUGUGAGUAAAGUAUAAGAACAUAUAACCGGAGGUACGGUGCGUCAACGCAUAACGGACGAACUAAAACAAGCUUUCAUUUAUACAUACGUAAUUAUUCGGUAUGAUCGAGAUCUAUUUCUAUACUAUUUAAAAAUGCACUUAUGACACUUUUUUAAUAAAAUUAAUCUGAGCAAUUAUACGAGUGAUAAAUUAUACAACUUUUAAAACACAUAAUUUUUAGUUUUUAGUAUUUUAACCUCAGUUGUUUCCGUAGAUCCUUUUAGUCCUUACAAGAAUUAAAUUUAUUUGUAAUUAGAC